CAGCACCAGUACAUCAUAAAUUAACCUCUAAAAAGAGGCCUGUCCCACUCUCUACCGGCCGAAUCGCAAGCUCCUUGCCACAUACACCAACUAAGCCCAGUGUCGCUCUCGCUGCGCUUUUCGCGGUUCCCCCGACUUCGCCUACACCUGCCUAAACUCCCCUCCAACACCCCCUCAGCGCUCCUGUUCAGAAACGCAACAAGAAACGAAACGGCUUGGUCCGAGCUGCACUGCGUUGAAGUGCCUGGCUUUUCCUGCUGUCACUGACUUGAUUCGGCUGUCAACAACCUUCUCUACAACCGCAGCUGCAGUGCCAACCUCUGCCAAAAUACGAUCUUCGUUGCGCGUCCGAUCUACGUCGUAUUGCCUUUGCACAGUUACAUACAGUCGUCUUCAUUAUCUCAUCCCCUAUUCAGCUUCGUAGUUUCAGCCAGCAAUCAUUUCCAGUAUCGUCGCAGCCUUCAAAGAUUCAACCCUAAUCUCCACGAGCAGCUUCGCCGUGGGCUAUACAAUGCCUUACAUACGCUACACAUACGAAGAGUUGCACCGGUUAAGGGCGUCACCACUAUGUAUUAAGCCCCCAGGCCUACCCUCUCUGGAGCAAUGGACGGAAGUCGCGGCCGACCAAAACGCGCAACAACGUCGAAAGCAGCAGAACAAUCGCGGAGAAGAGCAUGGUCACGACGGCGAUGCAAAUGGCUCGCGGCCCAUGUUCCCAACUCGACAUUCUGCACGCACAAAUUCUCAAGAAGUCUUUCUUGGGCCUCCUGGUACCAAAUUCGGAUCCUCGAGUCGUAAUCAACACAGAACUGGUGAUGGCAAUGACAAAGGCGGAGCGGACCGAUACAACUCAUCCACCUUCGGUGACGAUUCCGAACGUUCGUACAACCACCGCAACCGACGUGACCAGGACGAGGAUCGGCCACCGAGAGAAAGAAACAAUCGGCUUGGUGGACGCAAUUCGAAUCGGGACAAUGCGGAUGGUGAGGGCUGGUCAACCGUGAAUAGAAGGAGAGGUUCACACAACGAGGAAGGCGCUGAGCGCUGGCGCGCAGGCGCUGAUCGGGAACGCAACCGUAAUCGAGAUGGCCUCGACGGGACCGGCGAUGAGCAGCCGCGGCGCAAUGGCUUUGGACGCGGGGGCAGAAUGGGUGCCUGGCGCGACGAGCAAUCUGAAGGAGAUGGGUCACGAAGUAAUCGUUGGCGUGAACGGGAUCGGGAUCGCGAACGGGACAGAGACAGGGAGUGGACACGCGGGCAUAAAGUGCAGGACAAACUGGAUGAAGAGCCGGAAUGGAUGAGUGAGCCAGUUGCUAGUGCUACUUCGAGCACGAAAGUGGUUAAGGAGAAUGAAAAGACGCAAGAAGACUUUGAAAGAUGGAAGGCAGAGCAACGUGCUAAGUCUGCGGCGCCGCCUCCAGAAAAGGAGGAUUUGGGUGUUCCUUUGUUCUCGAAGGACACGAAACCUGUUGAACCAGCAAAACCUGUGCUCGAUUUCAGCGGAUUUGGCACGUUUGGCUCAAAGAAGAUUGCCUCCGCAGAAUCGAAAUCGCCAGAGCCUUUGAAUGCCAACCAUGGAGGAGCAACUACGGAGAAAAUUGCCCCGCUGAAGGGAUUAGGGAAGACAUCAAAAUUCGGGGCUUUCUUCCAAAAGGACGAGACUCCACCUCCUGCACCAGCCACGUCCUCGGAUGGGCACCAGGGGACCCAGUAUGGACAGCAAAUUUCACAAUCGCAGACAACCUCACCUCCGAAUGGGACAACCAGCAAAGAAGACGCAGAGGGCUUCCAGCGCAUCCUGCAGAUGUUGGGUGGUGCAAAGCUGAACAGCCCUCAGCCCCAGGCGCCUGCUGGAGACGGAACGAACAUGACCAAUGCUCUCUUCACAGGUGGCAUGAAUGCAGGAGGGGAGCAUGCUCCGCGUACAGCAAGGCCCGACAGUGCCAGUUUGGUGAAUGAACUUCUCGCGAGACAUACAGCUAAUCGGUCUCGUGGCCCUCAGACCGCGCCUGCUGAAGCUGAAGGGGUGGGUCAGUAUUUCCCAGGUCCCGGUGGUGUAAACGGUGGAGGACGCGAUGAAAAUGUCACACCUCGCCCUGGUCAUCCUUUGUUCUCGCCAGCCAGCGGCGGAAGGUCACAGCAAGGACGCCCAGAGACGCCGACUGAUCAGAAGCGAGACUUCCUGCUCAAACUCAUCGAAGGUAAUCGCAAUGGUAAUAACAAGCAGCUUGCCUCGCCACAGCAGGCCAUGAACGUCGAUUUCUUGAAGCAAGCUCAGUUGGCCCCUGUGGCAGGAAAAGGACCCCCCUCCGCGCCCCCAGGCUUGCACGAUAUGUAUGGGCCACCUACGCGAGGUAAUGCUGGCCGACAACCAACCGGACCCUUCUUUGAUGAACCACACGACCCUGCGAUCUUGAGCAUGCCGGGUCUUGUUCGUCGCAACACUGCGUCCGAGCAGCAACAAGGCGGACCACCCCGACUCCCAGUCUCGAAUAUGGGCAUCCCGACCCAUCCUGCUCCUGCUGAUCAGUUUCGUAGUAUGGCUCUACAGCAAGAUCCAUCAAAUCCUAACAACACGCAACGUGCGGGAAUGGGUCCACCUCCUGGGUUUUCAAUGCCUCCUCGACCACCUCCAGGUUUCCAGCCUCCACCUCCUCACCUCCAGAGCCCCAACGGUCCGCUUCCACCAAACCAACAGCCGCAUCCCGGAAUGCGCGGCAUGACCGCUCCUCCUGGUAUUUUCGGGAAUAUGGGUCCGCCUGGUCCACCUCCAGGAGCACCUCAUCACGGAUAUUUUGGACCUCCACCUCCUGGGUUUGUGGGCCCACCUCCUGGAGUUGUGCCUCCAGGAGUCCCCCCACCUGAUUUCUUUCUGCAGCAGCAACAGGGUCGAGGUCGAGGACCGCCUGGCUUUAGCCCCUUCUAGAUUGACAAAAGCUGAGGCCAAAACGAUCUCCCCGGAGCUACAUGAGGCUUCUGAGUUUCUUCGACUUGAGAACUGGUGCUCAUGGCGGCGCGCUUGCGUCGCAUACCACCGAACUUAUCGUGUCAUUAUUUUUUCUUUUUGUCGUCAUACAUCUUCCUCGUCCCAUCGUCGUUCACUACGAAUGCCCUUUUGUCACAAGCAUGGCGUUUGGGAGUGUUUCGCGAACACUUGAUUUGCUUCACAGCGAGGCCGGGAUUUGCAGCAUUGUUUGUUUUACUGCGCGCCGUUGCUAUGUGCACUUCAUUUCACCAAUUGGCAAAAUCAAAAUCCUUAUAACGAUGUCACAUUUCUCGAUCUUCAAAGAUGAAGACAAAAGGAAAAGGGAAGGAAUGGCUGGAUAUCAAGGGCAGAAAGCCUACGUCGACGCCCUCUACGUGUAUAUAUGUUUUACGUGUGCGCCAGAUAUUGCAUGCAUGCUCUGCAGAUGAAGUGGAGAGGAGCUGGUGAAAGGACAUCGUCAUCCCUUAGGCGCUUUUUCGUUCAAAAAGAAUGCCAAGCGUGAAUGUGUGAUGCGAUGUCAGUAGAAGAUAUGAGAAAAAAGGAAGGGCUUGAUAAAAAAAAUGAAGUUUGCUCUUCUGGAAUUUCUCAAAUCGCACCAUCUUCGCCUUUGUUCACA